UGAUAUCAAGUCGUAAACGCAAAUUUGAAAGUGACUUAUUUUGAACCUAAUCAGACAGUAAGGUUGACCAGGUCACGUGCUCAUUUGACGCACUUUGUAAUCAGCUCACUUUUCGGCCAUUUGAUCAUUACAGUCGUGACCUGGGAUUCGUUUCCCAAAGGCAGCUGUUGCAAGUUCGGUCGUAACCAACGGUGUUAAAAACAGAACGUACGACCAUAGUUGAUACUUUUGGGAAACAACAUCCCUGGACGGUUCUCUGUUGACUCGAAGACCAUAUGACUCGGUCCUAUUCGUGAAGAAAGCGUUCGAGAAGCAGUUUAAAUAAUUACUACAAAAUAAAUAACAGUCUUGUUGGUGUAACCGAACUUAAAUUAUAACUAAAAAGUACAACAGAAAAAAUAGUUUCUUUUUAAAAUGUUCUGUUAAGCAGUUUGGCAUACAAUUUAUUAUAAUUUCUUUGAAACAAGUAGGCUAGUGCAGCUGUUAUGUGUGGUGUAACCAGAGCCCCUCCCAUUCCUGGUGUAACCCACAUGUAGCUGUCACGUGACCGUGAAGCAGGAAACGCUGUCUCAGAGACGAACCCUUCAAAUCCUCAUGGCUGUGUUUCAAGAUGCCACUAUCAAACAAUGAAAAAUCUGCUCGACAUAGAGCAAAGGUGAAUGCUGAUCCUGUCGCCCGGGCCAGAUACCUUGCAAAAAGACGAGAGAGUUAUCAGCGAAGAAAAAGAGAGGGAAAGACUAAACAUCCUCCAGUGGCUGAACUCUCUAAAGCGAGACAGGAGGAUCUGAGGCAGAAAUGGAGACUCUACCAGAGAAGUCGCAGGACGAAGAUUCGGAAUCUACCACUGCAAUGCUCCUCUCCGGUUGAGAUGAACCCCCAGUGGCAGCAGGACUUUGCUCCAUACUCUCCCAGCAGUGAAGCUGACUCCAGCUCUGCCACACUGGAGAGUCCUGUGAACAGCUACAGCUGGAUUAAACAGGAACCAGAGACCUUAGUAAUCCAGUGGGACAAUGUAAGCACCCUGCCAGCUGCCGCUGAGACCGAGCAGGACAACUCUCCGAGCAGUGCCACUUCCACCUCCACCGUGACACCUCCGAUCAUGGAAGAUUUGCCCAGCAGUGUUAUGCUGAAUGUCACUAAACUCCAGUGUCUGCUGGAGAGCAAACAGGAGAGGAUCGAGGCUCUGGAGAGACAGGUGCAGGACCUGCAGGAGGACCGCAGGUUCCUCCGCUCACAGAUCGAGAACCUCACCAGUGCUCUCUCUGCUCAUCUCUGUCGAGGGGUUUCAGAUGAAACAACUGCAAAAAGUUAAUGUCAGAGCAUAAACUCUAACUGAAUGGA